GAAUGCCUGCUACUCUUAACCAAUCUGGGCAAUGGCCCGUCAGAUUUCUGGCGACGCGUCCAGCCUGCUGGAGGGCACCGUGCACGCCAUCACGCGGCAGGCGCUCACGAGCAUCGUGCACAGCUGGGCCUCGCGGAAGUUCGCCGUCGGAUGGCUGGAGUCUGUGGCCCGCUGCGCUGCCAACCCCCAGCCUGGACGAUAUGCUGGACAGGACCUGGCGUCUGGCUACAUGAGCGGCAAGCUGCUGCGCGGACGGGGCCGUGGGGGAGGUGCUGGUACCGGUCGUUCGGACGAUGGUGCAGCAGACACGCACGUAGAGCAGGCGGCGAUGAUGGGCCUUGUGGCGGCUCCAGUCGUGGCCGCCGCGGCGGCAGGCCAAUGACGACGUGACCGCUGCUGCACGCCACCAGCAGGCGGCCGCUCCGGCGCAAGUGCACGUACGUUAAAGGCUGGAGGAUCAGGAGUGUGGGAGGGUCGGAGGGAAAUGGGUUCUGCAGGAGCGGGCUGGUCUGCGACCUGCGGUGAGGAGUACCAGGAGACUGGGGAAGGGAGUGAGGAGUGUUGUGGCUAGGAAUUUCCCUGCUGUUUGGUUGAUAGCUGGCUGUGCUUGUGCUUGGCAGCGGGACGUGGCUGGUCGCAUGGCGGGCCGUGCCUGUACGAAGCGGAGAUGAGGUAGACUCUUGCGGCCUCAGACUAGAGACGUGGCGUGGGCGCGGCCCACUUUUCCCUUGCAAGGGGAAUACGGCCCAGGAAGCUCCUUGUUUGCUAGCAACCAAAACGACGUUGGAGGCGUCAAUGUGCCCUUAAUUAUAACACGUUUGAUAGCUGAUUUCUGGGCUAUAACGUGUGCCUGGGCCUUAAACGCUGCUGCUGCGUGCACAAGGGACGGCGGCAGCAGGGUAGUGUGAAGGCAAGCUUACGGCACGUGUACGGAGGGUGUGAGCAGCUCCGCUCAGCAGGACAAGGGACCCCUGAGGAGACCCGCCAAACCCUCGACGCCUACAGGGAUGUUAUAAGCAUUCCCGAAGUGCAGCGGUGUGCGAGCGCACCUCGACAGCGCACCCGUCUCGCUGCCUAAUGCGGGGUGCAUACCGCCCGCCUGGCUGUUGUACUACAGUUGUAGAUUGCAUUGGUUGAAAGAGAUAACUGCUGACGCGGUUCACGAGCCAGUGACAUGGAAUGCGACCAACCUGCUGUGGACUGACCCCAGGGGCGUGCCGCCUGCAUCACUGUCGGCCUACCUAGGCCUACUCCAGCUCUAGUAGGCUUGCUCUCCUAGGACUUAGGCUUCCCUCCUCCCGUACAGAACACGUUACUACGUGCCAUCACUCGACCUCCUCUUCCAUUACGACACUUCGCAGUGGGUGCCCAGACGGGCGCUGUAUGGUGUGAGACGGGCCGUGCCGCUCGGUGCCGCCAUGCGCGCUGAGGCGGCGCUGACAGGCAGGAAUUUUGAUGGUGGCUGGGAAUUGAACGUGUAGCAGCAUCAGACUGCACCGAUAAGUGCAUGGCGGCAUGGCGCCAUCGGCGUACCUGUGCAGCACCUCGUGGGGCAAGCUGCUGGCUAGCUGAUAGGAUGUGCGCGCACCUGCGCGCGGUGGACCCGUGUCACGCACGUUAGAGCCCCGCGCGCAUGCAUCAGUGCGUGAAGGACCUCAUGCUUAUGGGCAUCUUGCGGGCAGUAUCGCAUCGGUCCAGGCACGCGAGCAAGGGCCGCGGCCCCUGCGACGAUGCAUGUUGGCCGCGUGCAGGCGUGCCGGUUCGCUCCAACCGAUCGCUAUAACCGAUAUGAUU